AUGGUGCUUGGCCACGGUCACCGCCGACACUCGCUGUCAAGCAGCCGCUCGUCGACCGAGGAAGGCCGCGACAACUCUACCGUUACCGGCGAAGACGAGACCAUCGUCGACUCGGAGCAGAGCAAUGUUCUCACCCACAUCAUCUCGCAACUGCGGCCCGGCGCGGAUCUCAGCCGGAUCACACUCCCAACCUUCAUUCUGGAGCCGCGGUCGAUGUUAGAACGGAUAACCAACUUUAUGGCCCACCCGGAGACCCUGCUCCCUAUGCCCGACAUCGAGGACCCGACAGAGAGAUUUCUAUCCGUGGUGAAGUUUUAUCUCAGCGGAUGGCACAUCAAACCGCCCGGUGUCAAAAAGCCCCUCAACCCGAUCCUCGGCGAGACCUUUACCUGUUAUUGGGAUUAUCCGGACAAGACUAGGGGCUACUACAUUUCCGAGCAGACGUCGCAUCAUCCGCCGAAGUCGAGCUAUUUCUUCAUGGCUCCCGAGCACCACAUCCGCAUCGACGGCACCCUCAAACCUCGAAGCAAGUUCCUGGGCAACUCUGCAGCAAGCAUGAUGGAGGGUCUGGCUGUGAUGACUUUCCUCAACCACAACGAGAGAUACUUCAUUACGCAGCCUAAUAUGUACGCGCGGGGGAUUCUGUUCGGAAAGAUGAAGUACGAGCUCGGCGACCAUAGUUAUGUGCGAUGCCCAGAACUGGGCUUGGAGGCCGAUCUCGAAUUCAAGACCAAGGGCUGGGUUGGAGGUACCUACAACGCUAUCGGCGGAUACAUCAGGGACUCCAGGUCCCAAAGGAACCUGUUUGAGCUCUCUGGGCUGUGGACCGGCGAGAUGUGGGCUAAGAACCUCGUGACCGGAAAGAAGCAACUCCUGUUCGAUGCAACACACGCGAGAGAGACAAUGCCAUUGGUCCGUCCUCUAAAGGAGCAAGAAGACCGUGAAUCGCAGAAGCUAUGGCGGAAGGUUACUACGGCUAUCAAGCAGAGAGAUCAGGUCGUAGCCACAGAAGAAAAAUCAAAGAUUGAAGACAUGCAGCGCGAAGAAGCGGCAAAGCGCGUGGACGAUGGCGUCGACUGGCACCCUCGGUUAUUCAGGCCUGUCCAGGGCGGUCCGGGAGGCUCGGAAGAAGGCAUGGAGGAUCUGGACUACAUCAUUCGCGCCAAGGUGGACGGAGCCACGCCGGAGGAGCAGACGAAGCAGAUACUCAGCAUAGCUGCGAUACUUCCUGGUCAGACGGUAGAGCGUAGGUUCUCUAUACCUGAACGGAAGACCGAGUCCCAGCACCACAACGAGACAGAAGACCUGAUCGACUUUGGCCAGCAUGACGCGAAACCCCAACCCGGAUCCGUCGAACGGAAGGACUCUGACACCAACUCGAUCGACGAGUUUGUGGACGCCGAGUCAUGA